AUGGAUAUGGAUCGGAUCAAGGGUCCAUGGAGUCCUGAAGAGGACGAACUUUUACAGCAGCUGGUGCAAUGCCAUGGACCCAGAAACUGGUCCUUGAUUAGCAAGUCCAUACCCGGGAGAUCAGGGAAAAGUUGUCGGUUGAGGUGGUGCAACCAGCUUUCGCCUCAGGUGCAGCACCGAGCCUUUACGUCGGAGGAGGACCAGACGAUCAUCCAGGCCCAUGCUAAGUUUGGUAACAAAUGGGCCACCAUAGCCCGCCUCCUUUCUGGUCGGACUGAUAACGCGAUCAAGAAUCACUGGAACUCGACCUUGAAAAGGAAGUGCUCUUCUAUGAGUUCUGAUGAAGGGAAUAAUGAGUUUAUGAAUUAUAACCAGAAGCCUUUGAAGAGAUCCGUGAGUGCCGGGUCGGGUGUUCACGUCUACUUGAAUCCUGGUAGUCCAUCCGGGUCGGAUGCCAGUGAGUCAAGUUUGCCGGUAAUGUCGGCUUCUCGUGUUUUUAAACCGGUGGCUAGAGCCGGCAUCGCUUUCCCGUCUCCGGUUGAGACCGGGUCAUCGAGCAACGAUCCUCCGACUUCUCUAAGCCUGUCGCUUCCUGGAGUUGACUCGUUACGGUCACCGAAUUCCAAGGCCGAGUCAACUCAGUCAAAAAGUUCCCUCCAGCUUCUCUCAGUCCUACCACCGCCUCCGCCUUCACCUGCUCCAGCAGCACUGCCACAGGCUAAAGCUGCUACUGCAAUCCAACUGCAAAUUCCAACUAAUCAAAAGACGGCAUUUGGAUCAAUUUCUAAGGCGGCACCACCAUCACCACUGGUGCAGAUUCAACAACAGCAAGAUAAGGUUUUUGUGCCUUUUACAGCAGAGUUGAUGUCUGUGAUGCAGGGCAUGAUAAGAACAGAGGUUAGAAAUUACAUGAUGGGGCUAGAACAGCAGCAGCUGCAGCAGCAGCAAUAUUUCCAACAUCAAUUUCAGCAGCAACAGUAUCAACAGAUUGGGAUGUGCAUGCAGCAAGCAAAUGCAAAUGCAGAUGAAGGAUUUAGGAAUGCAGCCAUGAAUCGCAUUGGAAUCAGUAGAAUUGAUUAA